UUGGAUGGUGCUCACAUCCUCCAAUUCUCGUCGUUUUCUUCUUCUUCAUCUGCUCUGGGCUUUUGUUUUUCACUUGCUUCGAGAUAUGUUUACUUACUAUGCAUGUAUAGACAUAUGAAUGUAUAUAAAAUAAUACCAUGAAUCUAUCUUUCAAUAAUUUACUUAUUUAUCUAAACAUGCAGACAUUUCCGUUUCUUGGUCGCUUUACUUUCAAGUUUCCCGCUCUGUAACAGGUUAAAAAAAAAGAUUGUUGUCUCAUUUUCCAGUGAAAAGAAAAGUUGUGAUAAAGAUAUGAACACAAGAGCCCGCACUGCUCUUCAGUCCAUGAAAGCUCCUUUAAACCAUGACAGUAAAGAGGAGGAAAUGGAGACACAGGGCAAGAGAGCAAUUGCUGCAGGCAAAGUCGCAGCCGUUAAUCGGCGACGAUCAAACAGGGAAAGGAAAAUGGCUUUGAUACAAGAUGUCGAUAAAUUGAAGAGGAAGCUGAGACAUGAAGAGAAUGUUCAUAGAGCACUAGAGAGAGCUUUUACUAGACCUUUAGGAGCUCUUCCUCGUCUUCCUCCAUAUCUCCCUCCAUAUACUUUAGAACUUCUUGCUGAAGUAGCCGUUUUGGAAGAGGAAGUUGUUCGGCUGGAAGAGCAAGUAGUGAAUUUUAGGCAAGGUCUCUAUCAGGAAGCUGUUUACAUUUCAUCAAAAAGGAGUGUUGAGACUGCAAAUGAUUCAAUUGAACAAUCUCCAGCUAGAAGUAACAAACACCAACGCUCAAAAUCUUUAUCCCAGAAUGAGUUCAGUUCAUUAACUUCAAUGCCCAAGUCUCAACCUUCUCUUGCCAGAAGUGCAUCAAGUAGAAAGCUAUUUUCCCCUGAUCCAGCAGCUGAUCGACCUGGACAUUGCUCUAGUAGGCCAAUGAAUGGGAAACAAGCCACCAUGAAACCAAAUCCGUCUUCGUUUGCAGCUGGAGAUACAAGCGGGAAGGAGAAUCAAUCCUGCAGUAACACUAUGAAGGAUAAACAAUCUCCUGAUAAAAAGAUUGCUAAAAUUGUGGCUCCUGGGAAGAAACUUCCUAACAAGCAUGAAGAGAAGUCUACGGAUCCUUUGAAAUUACAGCUAGACUGUGGAUUAGAUCAAGAAAAGGCACAAGAUAGCAAAUCUGGUUCUUCAGAUGCUGAAGUAUCAAAAAUAGACAACUCUCCAAACAAAGUAUCAGAGGAUAUUGUGAAGUGCUUGAUUGGGAUUUUCACCAGGAUGACAACAUUGAAGGACAAAGCUGUGGAAUCAGGGCCAUUUCCUUCUAGAUCAGCAUCAGAUUCUCAUGAAAGAAGUCGAGAAAAUGAGUUUCAGGAUCCUUAUGGCAUCUGCAAAGAUGUGAACAAAAGAGAUAUUGGUCCAUAUAAGCAUCUCUAUGCAAUUGAAGCUAGUUCCAUCGAUGUCAGUCGAAGAACAAAUGCUUUAUUUCUUAUCCAUAGACUAAAGAUCUUACUUGGGAAGCUUGCCUCUGUAAAUUUAGAGGGUCUUUCUCACCAGCAGAAACUUGCAUUUUGGAUAAAUACUUACAACUCCUGCAUGAUAAAUGCUUUCUUGGAGCAUGGCAUUCCUGAGAUGCCUGAAAUGGUAGUAGCAUUAAUGCAAAAGGCAACAAUUACUGUUGGGGGACGCUUGCUAAAUGCACUUACGAUCGAGCAUUUCAUCUUGAGACUUCCUUAUCACUUGAAAUUUACAUGUCCCAAGGCUGCAAAAAAUGAUGAAAUCAAAGCUCGCAGUACUUUUGGAUUGGAAUGGUCUGAAGCCUUGGUUACAUUUUCACUUGCUUGUGGAAGUUGGUCCUCACCUGCUGUGAGGGUGUAUACAGCCUGUAACGUAGAAGAUGAGCUAGAAGCUGCAAAGAAAGAGUAUUUACAGGCAGCAGUUGGGAUUUCAAAGACAAACAAGUUAAUACUCCCAAAGGUUUUAGAUUGGUAUCUACUUGACUUUGCAAAGGACUUGGAAUCAUUACUUGAUUGGGUGUGCCUGCAGCUGCCUGAUGAGCUAAGGAAUGAAGCAGUGAAGUGCCUGGAAAGAAGGGAUAAAGAGCCUUAUUCUCAAUUAGUGCAAGUAAUGCCAUAUGAUUUCAGCUUCAGACUGCUAUUACAGCGUUGAGAGAUUUUAAGGUGGUGAUCUGAAUACUCUAGUUUAUACGGUUUGGGUUUUGGUGGAUUUGUAUACUCAAAUAGUUUACUUGGUAAGAAUACAUACAUAAAAUCUGGCAUUUGUAAAGAACAACUGGCUAAAUACCCACAGAUGUAUUUUGGAAAUGGUGAUAAUUGGUUUAUUAUUGGUUUUGGUUUUUGGGGAAGAACUUUUCGUGAAAAUUGAAGGUGAUUAAUUUUCUCU